AUGGAGGAUACGCGAACGCCAAUAUCCAGCAUCUGCAAUGGAAACAGUAGCAGCAGCAGCAACUGCAGCGGCGAUAGCAGCAGCGGCGGCAACGGCAGCAGCAGCACCAGCAGCAGCAAGGGUGCAGGGACCCCACGCACUUUGCGCUGUGCAGAAGCUGCUGCUGCUAUGGGCCUGCUGCCGAAGGGCCUAAACCAGCAGCAGCAGCAGCAGCAGCAGCAAAACGGUUUCUCUCCAACUGCCAGCACGGGAUCCCAUAUAGCGCCUUCACCUUUUAUGCAGCGGCCCUCCGAGCAGAAGCCUCAACUGCAGCAGCAGCAGCAGCGGCAGGCUUACAGGAUAUCCUGCGCCUCUGAGGAAAGUGCAGCGCCGGCAAGGCGGCAGCAGCAGCAGCUGCCACAGCAGCAGCAGCAGCCAUGGCCGCUGCAGCAACAGCAGCAGGCGCAGCAACACGGCAAUUCUAGCAGUGCCCUGGAAGCAUCUCGGUAUUUCCAGCAGCAAUCUCUUCAGCAGCAGCCACCUCAGCAGCAGCAGCAGCAGCAACAGCAGCAGCAGCAGCAGACAUCAUCAGUCCAGUCGAGGAACCCUCCUCUUGCACUGCUUGACGCCGUCGCCCGCCACCACCAGCAACACAACAGCAGCAGCAGCAGCAACAACAACAGAAAUUUUUGGGGGGCUGGACUUUGCAGCAGCAGCGGCAGCAGCGUCUUGCGGGGCCUUAACUCGGAAGUGCAGCAGCAGCAGCGGCAAGGCAGUCCGCUGCGUGAGAAUGUGUUCCCCCAGCAGCAGAAGCAGCAGUGGCCAUUCGCACAGCAGAAACAGGUGCAGCAGCCGCUGCAGCAGCUGCAGCAGCUACAGAACGGGCUGCAGCAACAGCGCCUGCAGCAGCAGCAGCCGCGCGUCUGGCAGCAAACAUUAACGGCUGCGCAGGCUCAGUGGGCGAAGCCUCGGAGGGUAUGGAGCACCUACAGCAUGCAGCAAAGCACCAACAGCUGCAGCAACAGCAGCAGCGACAGCAGUGGCAGCAUUGGCAGCAGCAGCAGCAGCAGCAGCGCCAGCAGUGGCAGCUUCACAGGACCUGCGCUGCGCUGCGCGGACCCGUCGACACCCCCUGCUCCCCACCGGCGGCAGCAGCAGCAGCAGCCGCAGCGGUACUCCGUCCAGCAGCAGUGCCACCGGCAACAGCAAUACUCAGCCUGGCAGCAGCAGCAGCAGCAACAGCGGCUGCUGCAGCAGCAGCGGUUUCCACGGGCAGCGGCGACACCGCAGAGGCUCUCAACAGACCCUGCAGCAUCUACUGUGCAGCAGCAGCAGCAGCAGGGCUUGCGAGCGCUGCAACAGCAACCUCUGCAGCAGCAGCAAUACAGCCGCCAAGCACAGCAAGUCAAUCCCCUGCAGCAGUGCGGACAGCAGCAGCAGCCACAGCAGCAGCAGCAACCGCCACCGCAGCAGCCAGAGCAGCAGCAGGACUACUCGUGGCUUCGCGUGGAGUGGGGAGAAGACAUACUCGACUUGCUUGAUGCAGCAAACGCAGAGGUAAUGUUGCUGCUGUUGGUGCUGCUGCUGCCACUCCAAGUUCUCGUUGCGGGCGACUUGUCAUUUCUGUUGCUGCUGCUGCUGCUACUGCUGCUGAUGGGUGGAGGGCGCCUGCUGCUAUUUGCCGUGCUGCUGCAGGACUUUGCGAGCAGCAGCAGUGGGGAGCCGGCUGCAGCAGCAGCAGCUGCUGCCCCGGGUGCUGCAGCAUCUGCAGCGCCAGCUGCUGGAAAUGCGACUGCACACGCAGCAGGCGCUUCCUUGGGAGGUGCUGCUGCUGCCCGUAGGCUUAGCGGCAACAGCAGCAGCAGCAGCAGUAGGAGAGCAGCAGGCUGGGGCUCUGCUGCUGCUGCUGUGCUGCGGGUAGACCUACGCGACGAGCUGUGCGUCAUAUGCUCAGAGCUGCUGCUGCAGCAGCAGGAGAUCGCCUCACUUCCCACCUGCUGCCACCUUUUUUGCUUCGCCUGCUUAUACAAAUGGGCGUCGAUCAGCAGCAGGUGCCCGCUAUGUUCUACAGCAUUCACUACCAUUGUUCGCCGGCGGGUCAGUGCAGCAGCAGCAGCAGCUGCUGCUGCUGCUGCUGCAGCUGCUGCCAGCAGCGGCAGCAACGGCAAAGCUACAACACAAGAAACCCUUGGGACCGCUGCAAAGAAGGACCCCAGCAAUGCUGCAGUCAAGAGUGAGCAGCAGCAGCAGCAACAGCAGCAGCAGCAGCCGGGCGGCGCCUCGCUGGGUAUUGUCGCCGCUUGCCAGCCCAAGCCGGGAGGCAGCAGUGCCGAAGGCGCAGCUCCAGCAGCAGCAGCAGCAGGAGCUGAGCCUACAGCAGCAGCAGCUGCUGCAGCAGGGGAUGGCUGCUUGAUAGGCCUGCAGCUAGUGGAAGAGGUGCCGCUGCCGCCCCCACAGCCGCGGCGUCGGGGAUCGGGAUCGGGAUCGGGAUCGUUGGGAUCGGAUGGGGGGUGCGAAGUUUGCGGCCGCGACGAUGACUGGAGCUGUUUGCUGCUGUGCGAUGAGUGCGACGGUGCCUUUCACACUUACUGCCUUUCCCCGCCGCUUGCUGCAGUGCCUGAGGGGGAAUGGCGCUGCAGCAGGUGCCAGCAGCAAAGAGAUGCGCGCCAGCAGCAGCGCCAGCAGCAGCCGCAGCAGCGCAGGCAGCAGCGCAGGCUCAGGCGGCAGCAGCAGACAAACACGAGGCAGCAAAGCUCCAGGCGGCCGCGCAGCAGCAGCAGCAGCAGCGCUGCGCAGGCGGCCCCCGCGCCUGGAGCAAGACCCAGGAAAAAGGUCAAAAAGGCUGUAGGUGAACGGGCUGCUGCUGCGGCUACUGGUACCAGCAGCAGCAGCAGCAGCAGCAGCAUUGCACACGUGGAUUUCGAGGUGUUUGCGCACAACAGCAACUCCAGGCCCAGCGCUGCUGCGCGGGGUAGGAGGGUUACUCGCAGCAGCAGCAACAGCAGCAACAACAGCAACAGCAGCAGCAGCAGCAGCAGCAACUGCCGCAGAACCCCCGUGCGCGCUGCACGUCGCUUGCGAACUGUGAGAAGACAACGAAGGCCUUCGGUCAGCGCUACAGAGAGCUGCAGCGACGACUCCUCUGACUUGCGCGACUUCAUUGUGCGCAGCAGCAGCAGCAGCAGCAGCAGCGGCAGUAACACUGGCAGCAGCAGCAGCAGCAGCAGCAGUAGCAGUAGUGACAGCGAUGGCAGCGACAGCAGCGAUGUGACUUCUCCCAGCCGGAGUCUCGCGGCAAACCGCAACAGCGGAAGAAGCAGCAAGAGCACUAGCCGCAACAGUGGCAGGAACAGCGGCAGCAGCAGCAGCAGCAGCAGCAACGACCGGAACAGCAGUACUGAAGCUGGCCUUAGAAUUCUGGGGACACCCGUAGAGAGAAGUCACCAACAGCAGCAGCAGCAGCAGGAACAGGAACGAAAACAAUCUGAGCGAGUCUCACCCAUGCUGGGACCCUCAAGGGGCGCUGCAGCGCCAGCAUCGAACGCCCAUGCCGCCCAAAGUCCACUGCAGCAGCAGCAGCAGCAGCAGCAGCGCCAGCUGAGACAGGUAAAUUCGCCGCAGCAGCGGCGGGGCACUGCAGUUCGAAACCACGGCGGCGUGCAGGCUCUGCUUUGCCGCUAUUUUGUCAGCCCAGCAGCCCGAAACGGGGCAGCCAGAAGCAGCAGCAGCGGUAGCAGCAGCAGCAUCAGCAACAGCAACAGCAGCAGCAGCAGCAGCAGCGGCAGCAGCAGCAGCAGAAGUGUGGCACGAUAG